AUGUCUUUGCCUCUAGGCUGGAAAAUUACUGGCCGUAAGAGAUCUAUAUUCGAACUAGAGACCAAUAUCCAUACACUUGGUGAAUUGUAUACUACGCUUGUUGAUCUAAGAAACCAGGUAGCACCACAAGAGUCAGAAGAGCAACCACCACUUACGACAAGACGAUCAUCCUCUUUUUCAGCUUCAGAUACAUAUGGUGGAUUAUCAAGAUCAUCAUCUAAUUUUAGCAUGUCUACACCAUCGUCGAACGAGGAAGACAACAUCUACUAUAAUCUGAUCACCGUAUACCCCGAGUUCAUUUUCGAGCUGCUUCUCCAGCUUUACUCGACUGAUUUUUGCGAUAAAAAGAAUCUGGUGGAAUUAUUCCAUCUAGGAAAGCUUAACAAAUCUUAUGCUAGUGCUAUUUUUGCCUAUAGUGCUUUACAUGCGUCCCUUUGCCACCCAGAAAAAUAUGGCAUCUAUUCAUUUCUAAACAAUUUGGCGUAUGAUUCUUACUAUUCGGCACACGAACUAAUCGAAUUUGACGAUAUCUCUCUCACCACCAUUGAAACGCUUGUAAUUAUGUAUCGUUAUCUUUAUUUAAUGGGAAGGGAAGCUGAAGCACGGAAUUUGUUUUGUUUGGCUUGGAGACAUAUGCAAGUGAUUUCAGACGGCGAUCAUAGUUCUACCAUCAAUCGACUUGUGCUAUCCAUGGCAGAGCUUGACUGGACUUUUUCUAUCUCGAAAUCGUGUGACCCCAUUAUUCGAUACGAGCAGGUGAAAAAAAUCUCAGCCAUUUGUAGGUCAGAUAAAUUGGAGGAUACAGCGUUAAAGUUUCGAAUCAGGGGACUCAAUAUGAUCUUACAACGUGAGCAGCUAAAUGGAUGGCGGACCAAAUAUUUACAAAUGUUCUUGUACAAAAGAAAUCCCAGAGAUAUUUAUAGCAGGGAGGAUAAAUUGGCUCUUCAUCUCCAUGCGCUUUAUUUCUCGGGAAUGCUUGAAUAUCAUCAGUAUCAAAUGAUGACUGCGUUUGAAACAUCACAUGUAAACGAGCCUUGGACGGAUUAUUUUUCAUCGACCACGACACAGACAAAGACGCAUGUGGAAAAGAAUUUAUACAGUUGUAUGAAUGCUGCUUAUGGGUUUAUACAGGUAAUCAAGCUAUUCCUAGAUGAAGACGAUACAUGUCAACUGCCUCAGAUGACGGAUACCUUAUCCGCCGCCUGUACAGUACUCUAUUUUGGUAACAAGGUCAUCCGACCUCAUAAAUCACCACAAGAAGCACUUUUAUUUAUAGUCGGUGCUUUUUCUACUUCGAGUAUGAUGCAGUGCCCUCGCGUGGAGCGAUUUGUCAAAACCUGGACGCCGCUUAUAAAAUCAUCAUAA